GCAAGUGAUAUAAUUAAUAAAAAUGGGAAAAAAUUAUUCAAAAUCUAAAGAAGACAAAGGAAAGAUCAAAUCGGAGAGAAAAUUGCUUGCCAAAAAGAUUGCAAUGGAUGCAAAGAUUCUAGAAAACCUGGUCGAUAAGUAUGACUUGGGUAAGACCCUGAAGCUACUGGAGAUACAUCUCACCUCUUUAAGAAGUACUAAGUCGAAAAGCAGUAGCUUAAAAUAGCUUCCUGAAAGAGUGCCAGAAAUUAUCGAUAAAAGGAAUGUUUAGAUAUAAAUAAGGUCGUACUUAACGAUGAGGAUCUUUUGAGACAGUUGAAGAUGUAUUUAGAGAAAAUACUUCUUAGAAGGUCUCAGAAGGUAGUCCUCAAUGUGUAUAGCCCUGGUGAAGAGAAAAAGAAUAUCUAUCCAUUGAUUAGACACUUAUCCUCGACAAUACCACACUUAUCAAAAUCUUUGGUUUUGUGUGGAUUUCAUAUUCCUCAGAAAUGUUUUAAGAAAAUUAUAUAUAGUCCAAGGAAGUUGAAUACUUUAAGCUUCGAACAUUGUUCCAUAGACUUCCAGAAGAUCGAAUUUGUUCAAAGCAAAACAGGUAAAAUCGAUCUUCUUAAAAUGGAUUACUGCGAGUUCCUACCAAGUUCUAAAGAGCUCCAAUCAGAAAGCCUGUGCUGCUUUUUAAAGGAGGUGAACAAGUCGCCAUUAAAGAAAUGCAUUAGUGUUGUCGAGAUUAAUACCGUCACAAUUACCAAGAAAAAGAUAGAAAAGGUAGUCAGGAUGUGUAGGUUAUCAAUGGAGAUAUUGAGGCUAUACGAAAAUUGCAGAUACUUCAAAUAUUCUAUAAAGUUCUCAUAAUUCGGUAUUUCAGUGCCAA